UUCGUCGUUCUAGGCAAUGAGAUGCUCAUUCCUGGUGAUUUAUUCUGUGCCGCGGAUGUGCUGCUGAGGGACGAAGAAAAUGCUAAACGAGAUUUUAGUUCCAAGCUUCUAUUAGUCCGCGUUUUAGUAUCGAGGUGAAGAAAAAGUAGAGCAGAAUUGCCAGAGCAAUGGGGGACUGGCUGAAGGUUCGACGAGAGCAGUCUCAGAAACGCAAAAGAUUGAUUGCGCGUCAGCUAGGAAUCGGGUCACCUGAUAAUCUAGCCAGGGAGUUGGGUAGGUCGAAAAAUUCAACACGGGACUUGAUGUCGAGGUCUCACGUCAACUUCGGUGCCUCUGAUGUUUAUCAUUGUGUCGUCAGAACUGUCGACGAAGAGCAGUCUCAACCAGCCAAAGAAAUGGUGUACACGGACUCAUCUACAUUUCUAAAGGGAACGCAAUCCGCGAAUCCUCACAACGACUAUUGUCAGCAUUUUUUGGAUACUGGACAAAGACCGCAGAACUUUAUUAGAGACGUGGCCCUGGCCGAACGAUUCGAAGAGUAUCCCAAACUCAAGGAAUUGAUACGACUGAAGGAUGACCUCAUUGCUGAAACGGCCUGUGCUCCGAUGUAUCUCAAAACGGACUUGAUGAAAUUUAAUCUUCGUGAUCUGGGAACUUCCUUUGAUGUUGUUCUGAUUGAGCCUCCGUUGGAGGAAUACCAAAGGAGCCGCGGGGUGUCGAAUAUGAACUUCUGGACCUGGGAUCAGAUCAUGGGAUUGGACAUCGGAAGUGUAACGGAUUUACGGGGCUUCGUAUUUCUUUGGUGUGGGUCGAGCGACGGCCUUGACCAUGGACGUAUGUGUCUUCGACGAUGGGGGUUCCGGAGAUGCGAAGAUAUUUGUUGGAUCAGAACAAAUAUCGGCAACCCAGGGAGUUCAAAAAAUGUAGAACCGAAGGCUGUGUUCCAGCGAACCAAAGAGCAUUGUUUGAUGGGGAUCAAAGGAACUGUGCGACGCUCGACCGACGGGGAUUUCAUCCAUGCGAAUGUCGACAUCGAUCUUAUAAUCACCGAGGAACCCGAAUUCGGAUCCAUUGAGAAGCCUGCCGAGAUUUUUUCCAUUAUCGAGCGCUUUUGCUUGGGUACUCGGAGGCUGCACUUAUUCGGACGUGAUAGUACUAUCAGACCGGGUUGGCUGACUGUUGGACCAGACUUGACAAAUUCAAACUUUAGUAAAGCGACGUAUUCCAGCUACUUCGCUGAUUCGACUACGACUGGAUGCUCGGAUAAAAUUGAGUCUCUACGGCCGAAGUCGCCGCCCCCGAAACCUAAAGGUAUUCGCAGUGGAUCGCGAGGUCGUCCGGGUCGAUCCCGAUGAAUAUUUUUCAGUGCGAUGCUGAUUUAAUUAACUGUGAUCAUGCUAUGCUUUCGUUUCAUAGUUUCGCGUGUAAGAUUUUUUUUAAUUUUUCGAAGGAAGAAUGCUUUGUGUCGGCGUUUAAUGAAAAUUUGACGAAUUUGUUGACCGGAAAAACGAUUUUUUCAAAUAUCCUGUCCAUUUGACUCCAUUUAUGUGUUCUGAGAACAAAGUUUUCUUUUAUUCAAACAUGUCUGGUUGAAUUUCUAUC